CACUUUUCAUAAUGUUGGCGACUAAGACGGUUCAAACUGGCCUUCGGCGAGGCACCUCCUCGAAAUUGGCGGCUUCCCUCUGUUCUGCACCCCCUCGAUGCCCCAAUGCCGCUAGACCCCAAUGCCACAUCUCUAUCAGGUCAAGGCCUGGACUCCAACAUCAGAUCUUGAGCCGUCCGCUCUCCACAACAUGUCCUCUCUAUAAGAAGAAAGACAAAGCCGCGGCCAGCGGGAAAGGCGGAAAGUCAUCCAAGGGCGGCAAUGACCACGGCAGCGAAGCCAGCGCAGACGCGGGCUCUGGUGCAGCGGCAGACCCUCACGACAUGAGUUCUCUCGAGGAAGCCCUCGGGAAGGCUCUGGAGAGACUCAAGUCGGAUCUGUCCAAGCUUCGCACCGGAGGACGGUUCGAUCCCGCCGUGAUCGAGGCGCUUCCUGUGCACGUGGACAAGAAGUCCGGCGAGACGCAUCGUCUCGGUGACCUUGCGCAGGUCGUUGGCCGCCCGAGAGCCCUGGGCGUCCAAAUCUGGGAAAAAGACCACAUCAAAGCGGUUGUUUCUGCGAUCCAAAGCUCCAAGUAUUCCCUGAACCCGGUCGUCGAUAAGGAUAAUAGCAGCAAAUACACGGUGCCCAUUCCGCCGCUGACAAAGGAGACGCGCAUGGAGAUAUUGAAGACGGCCCAGGCGGCCAGCGAGCAUACGAAUACUGCGGUCAAGAAUGCUCGCCAGGCACAGCAGAAGAAGCUGCGUGCACUGCAGAAGACGGCGAGACCUGAUGAUCUGCGCAAGGCGGGAGACAAGAUGGAGAAGGUUGCAGCGAAUGCAACGGCGGAGGUGAAGAAGAUUUUCGAGGCGGCGAAGAAGGUCAUUACUGAGCAAUGAGGCGUUCCUUUUGUGUGUGGCUCACAUAGAAAAAAUGGUUCACAUUUUCACAUUUUCAAGGCGCAGCAGUUUGCUGUGUUGUAUUGUAUAGUAUAUGAUAUUGUACGUUUGGGUUUGAUUCUAGAAAAAAGACCAGAGAGAUUUUUCUGGAGAUGCAUAAGAAAGAUACAAUGUUUUUGAUAAAGCAU